AUGUCAGAAAGUAAUAAUCGAGAUCCACCUGCCUGUUUCGUAUCAAAAGCUUUUCACGGACAAUUCAUUCGUCAAAUCACUCUCAACCUCAAUACAGAGACAAAUUCGCAGUUGUCAUUGACUUUACGUGGGUGGAACGUUCAGAACAACUGUGAAGUUCGAGGAAGGAAUAUAUUGAAAAGGUGA